AAUAACUGUUUUAUUAAUUUUUAAAUAAAUCAGUAAAAUCAUCAAUAUUUAAAACAAUAAACUUGUAGCUGUCGAAAUGAAAUUGACUGACGUAGGACCCAAAAUGUGUCGCGUAUGCUUGACGCGUACUCCUAAGCUAAGAUCCCUAUAUGAGCCACUGGACGAAGGCGAACAAUCGCCGAAUGAAAUGCUGGCUCUAAUUGCAGGCAUUACAUUGGAAGAGGCGGAGAACUAUGAAACAUUGCCGAAAUGUAUUUGUAAAAAUUGCGAAUUGUCACUUAGUUUGGCACACCAAUUUCGAAUUAAAGUUCUACAUACACAUCAGAUAAUUGAAGCCUAUCGGCAAAAAGAUUUAAGUGUACACAAAAUAGAGGAAAAAUCAAAUCAAACUCUUGACGCUCCUGUGAAAAUUGAAUUCGAAGACGUGGUCGACGAAAGCGCGGUCGUGGAAAAUAUUUACCUCAAUGAAGAAAUUUUAAGUAACAAAGAGAUGAAAGUAGAAAUGUUGGAAAUGUCAUUUUCCGACGUUGACGAUAUUAACAUGGAAAACGAAGAGCAGGAAAAUCUUGAAAUAAAUGAAGACGAAUGCAAACCAGAGUACUUGGACGAAUUUUAUAUUGAAAGUAAUUUAGUAGCUAGCAUGUCCGGAACAGAGUUACAACCUUUGGAAGUAAGUCCAGAAGAUAAAAGCGGGAAAGAAUUACCUGUUGUAGAGAAUACCUCCGCAACUACAAGUAAAUCAAACGAAGAAUGUGAUAAUAAAGUAAGCUCUGAUGUCGUAAAAGAUAAAAAUUUCCACACAAGAGGUCCCUAUAAGAAAAGGAUUAUAUCCAAGGAAAAUAAAAAAUAUAUAUGUGAUGUCUGCGGUAAUAUUUAUGCGAAACGUGGUCGCAUGACAGAACACAGACGACGGCAUGACAAAGAGUUGCGUUACGCUUGCGAACUCUGCGAUAAACGCUUUCAUUUGCGCGAGCACUUGCGCAAACAUAUGUACCAGCAUAAAGGUGGCAAGCCAUUUAAAUGUUCCUUCUGCAGUCGAACAUUUUUCUAUGAAAGUGUGAAGAAAGCACAUGAGGCCAUACACAGCGGCGUCAAACCAUACGUUUGUGAUGUGUGCAAUAAAGCUUUUGCAUAUCAACAUGCGCUUGGUAAACACAAACUAAUACAUGCUGACGUCAAGUUUUAUCACUGUGAUUACUGUGACAAGGAUUUUCGUUUGCAGCAUCAUCUGAAACAGCAUAAAGAGACAAAGUCGCAUCAAAGUGCCGUACGUGCUUAUCAUAUGGGGGAUGAAGAAUAUCAGGAAGAAAUAAGUGAAGAACAAAUAUAUGAAGAUGCAGGAUAUGUGGAAGAAAUAUUUAUAUAUCAGCAAGAAGGCUUCAAGGAUCAAAAUGUUAUUGACGCGGCACCAACAAGUCUAAAUCAAUUAGUGGAACAGAUAAUGAAUUAGUUAACAGAUUUUAGGUAUAUAACUACUGUUUAUUUAUGUCAGCAGUCUUAAUUUUAGAAAUAUAGUUAUUAACUAUUUAAACGACA